GAGCCGGAGCCGGAGCCGGAGCCGGAGUCGGAGUCGGAGCCGGAGCGAGCUGGGUUAUGGUUCAGCCGGGGCGCAGCUUCAGGGGGGCUCCGUUCUGCGGAGGGAGAAUGCUGCUGCUCGCUCUCUUGACCAUCUUUCCAGCAUGUGUGUUACCAACAAAGAUGUCGCCUCUGAUAGAAAAAAUUAGUGAUCAGAAGGACUUCAAGAAGCUCCUGAGAACACGGAAUAAUGUGUUGGUGCUAUAUUCCAAAUCUUUGGUAGCUGCUGACAGUUCGCUCAGGUUAUUAUCUGAUGUAGCCCAAGCUGUGAAAGGCCGUGGUACUAUAACAUGGAUAGAUUGCGGUGAUUCAGAAAGCCGAAAACUAUGCAAGAAGAUGAAGGUUGAUCCUGGUUUGAAAGAGAAAGGGAUAGAACUGCUACACUACAAGGAUGGUGCAUUUCACACUGAAUAUAACAGAGCACUUACACUGAAGUCACUGGUUGCCUUUCUAAAGGAUCCUGAAGGAGCUCCAUUGUGGGAGGAAGAUCCUGAAGCCAAAGAUGUUGUCCAUAUUGAUAAUGAAAAGGAACUGAAAAGACUUCUGAAGAAAGAAGAUAAACCCGUUCUGCUGAUGUUCUAUGCCCCUUGGUGCGGAGUUUGCAAAAGAAUGAUGCCAGCAUUCCAGCAAGCAUCCACAGAACUGAAGGGCGUGUAUGUACUUGCAGGGAUGAAUGUCUACUCGUCUGAAUUUGAAAAAAUAAAAGAAGAAUAUAAUGUCCGGGGAUAUCCAACGAUAUGCUACUUUGAAAAGGGGAAAUUCCUGUUUAAUUUUGAAAACUAUGGUGCUACAGCAAAGGACAUAGCAGAAUGGCUGCAAAAUCCUCAGCCACCUAAGCCACAGACUCCUGAGACUCCUUGGUCAGAAGAGGAAAAUGCUGUUUAUCACCUAACAGAUGAUGAUUUUGACAAGUUUGUCAAGGAACAUUCUUCUGUAUUAGUGAUGUUCUACGCACCAUGGUGUGGACAUUGUAAGAAAAUGAAGCCUGAAUAUGAGAAAGCCGCAGAGAUGCUCCAUACAGAUGGUGAUAAGCCAGGUGUUUUGGCAGCAGUAGAUGCAACUGUCAACAAAGCAGUGGCAGAAAAAUUUCACAUAUCAGGAUUUCCAACACUCAAGUUCUUUGAGGAUGGAGAAGAAAAAUACACCUUGCCUCACCUCCGCACAAAGAGUAAAAUUGUUGAAUGGCUCCUAAAUCCUCAGGCACCACCUCCCCCUGAACCAACUUGGGAAGAAAAGCAAACAAGUGUUACCCAUCUUGCAGGUGAAGACUUCAGAGAAUUUUUAAAGAAAAAGAAGCACGCUCUCGUAAUGUUUUAUGCUCCAUACCACCCAGAAGCUUCCACUCAUCCAGAAUACAGAAGUGUAGACAGUGAUGGCAUGCCUUGGUACACCCAUAUUGCCUAUGCUGCAGUGGAUUGUGCCAAAGAACAGAACCAUGACUUGUGUAAGCAGGAAGGUGUGGAUGGAUAUCCAACCUUUAACUACUACAAUUAUGGAAAAUUUAUAGAAAAAUAUAAUGGAGACAGAGGGGAAUCUGGAUUUUCGGUUUACAUGCGAACUCUCAGAGAGAGAGAUCAUGAGAAGAUAGGGAAGAAGAAAGAUGAGUUUUAAUUUCUGCCUCAAAAAGAAACAAAAAACAAAAAAAUAAUUCCACUGCACUGUGAAGGGUCUCAGGGUCACUGGUACAAUGCCUGAGAUUACACAACUUUUAAAGAACAGAGACUUUGUUUUUAUAGACCGCCAUUACCAUUUUCUACAACUUUGAAAAUAAAUUGAAAUCAUGUUUUUUUUUUAAAGAAAAAUGCUGUCAUUGUUGCCAUAUUCUGUUAUGGAGAAGAACAAAAGAAGAGCAUUUUCUUGCUGUUCAGUGCACCUAUGCCCAUUGAUAUUCCUAUGCAAUCUUUUUGUAAUCUGUAGGUUUGAUAGUGAUUUCCUCUGACAAAGUAACCUUUGUGUUUUUAAUUUUGAAAAGAUGUUAUGAGAAAUGGCUUUUAAAAAUGGGAGGGGGAAAAUAAAAGAAGAUGCAAAAGUAUUCAUCAGGUCCAAGUUCAGUUAGAGGAAUUAGGGGAAGUAGAGCAUUCUGGUCCCAGUGGCCUUUGCCCAGAGAUUCUUCAAAGGCCGUUUUAUAGGGUACGUGUGCAUAGCACUUACUUCAGGAACCAGUCGGGAUAAAGGGCACUUUCAGUCCAUGUAGUCCAGUUCUGCAUAGCCCCACUUUGUGUGGCUGAUGGGACAUCAGCAAGAAUAAGGCACAUGGGAGAAUUGCUACAACUUGGGGGUUGGGGGAGGGAGAACAACUUUUCCCAGAAUCAGUGGAGGCAUUUCUAGCCAUGUUAAAUUUUGCCAAACGUAUAGCAUAGCUAGUUAUGAUUACAUGCUCCUACCAACUUUCAAAGAUUAUGCUUGUUCCCCCCCUAGAUUAAUGUGGGAGAGUCAUUUUUAAGAUGCUCAGGGAUAAUAGGGAAAUAAUGAAGCAGCAUUGGCCAUUUCAGAUCUUAAUUGACUGUAGUGGUAUUCCUUUUCCUCCUCCUCUUCUUUUUGUAAUAUGCCGUACCUGAAUUGUUUACAUAUCUUUAUAGAAUGUAUGAUUGAUUAAAAUCAGUGUCUCUGCAGCAAGUAUGAAAAUGACUCUCAGUGUAUGUGUUGACAUUCAUGUUGUCAAAUGCUCCCAUAGGUGUAGUGCAGGUAUAAGGUUCUAUUUAAUUUAUGAUAACAACUAUGUAUUUGCUAAGCAUUCCAUCUGACUGUGUGUUUGACAGAGGCAUUGAUAUUUUUGAUAGGAAGAACUAUCAUGCAACUAUAUGUGUUUAUGUUCCAAAGGCUUGUCUGUUUGUGAAUAUUAAAAUAAGUAUAACUUUUUAAGAGCUCUAUAGAAACAGGCCAUACUUUAAAAAAAAAAACACUUGUUUGGCCCUGUCAGCAGUGUAAGAAAAUACAGCAUUAGAACCAGCUUUUACAAGUCCAUAAUUGUGUGCUGAUUCUGUGAAGGUGAUCUGGACACUGUGUCUUCAUGGGUUUAUAAUUAUGAUUAUGAUUAUUAUUAUUGUGAUUUUGAAUUGGAUCCAAAAAUAAAAAAAUAAAAAGGCUGAAA